GACAGACAGACAGACAGAGAGCCGAAGUUAAAUCAAUGAAAAUGUAUCCAGUCGCUGCCCAGAUGCUGCGUCUGCGCAGCGCCGCCAACGCCUGCGCCCGCACAAUCACAACGAAUCGCAGGCAGCGCAACACGGCGAGCGUUGAGCGCGCCCAGAGCAUCAGCGAGCGGGACAAGUCGCUGCACUACAGCGCCGAGGAUGGCUACUACAAGACCUCGCCCUACGAUCCCAUCAAGAUCCAAAAUAUGCCGUUGCACGAGUACGUCUGGCGCGACUUUAAAAAGUGGGAGAACUCCACGGCAGCGGUCUGCGUGAUUACAGAUCGGCAAUAUACGUACGCCCAGCUUCGCGAUGCCUGCGCCGCCUUUGCCGUGCGCCUGCAGACGAAGUUCAAGCUGUUCAAUCCCGACAUUCUUGCCAUUUGUCUGCCAAAUAUGCCAGAGUAUCCGAUCGCAGCGCUGGGCGCUAUCGAAGCUGGUCUCGCUGUGACUACAAUCAAUCCAAUUUAUACGCCAGAUGAAAUUUCACGCCAGCUGACGUUCAGCAAUGCAAAGUUCCUGGUGGGCAGCGUGCCUGGCUAUGCCACGCUGCGGGAGGCCUGCCGGCUGGCUGGCAAGCAGAUGCCCAUCGCAGUGGUGCGCAGCAGCGAGACGGAGCUGCUGCCGGCGGGAGCGAUUGAUUUCUUUGAGCUGAUAAGCACGGAGAAUGUGCGCUACGACGAGCUGUGCCCGCCGAAGGAUGCGACACCUGACGACAUGGUCUUUCUGCCCUUCUCCUCGGGCACGACGGGCCUGCCCAAGGGCGUGGUGCUGUCCCACAACAACAUCAGCAGCAACUGCGAGCAACUGCAGGAUGCGCUGCCCAUCGACUCACUCCAGUUCCAGGACACGUUGCCCGCGGUGCUGCCCUUCUUCCAUAUCUACGGCCUGACCGUGGUCAUGCUGUCGAAGCUGGGCCAGGGCGCCCGGCUGGCCACGUUGCCAGCCUUCAAGCCGGACGACUUCAUCAAGGCGCUCGACACAUACAAGGGCAGCAUCCUCAAUCUUGUGCCGCCCAUUGCCUUGUUCAUGAUCAACCAUCCAAAGCUAACGAAGGACGUGGCUUCAGCGCUGCGCGUUGUCAUGUCCGGCGCGGCGCCCAUUGGCCAAAACGACGUCGAGCGCUUCCUGCAUAAGUUCCCGAAUACGCGCUUCAUGCAGGGCUACGGCAUGACGGAGGCAUCGCCCGUGAUCCUGAUGACGCCCGAGGGCAAUACGCGGUACGCCUCGACAGGUGUGCUGCCUGGCAGCACGGAGGCCAAGAUCGUGCCCCUGGAUGGGACCGACGCGAAGGGCGUGGGAGCAGGCGUGACCGGGGAGCUGUGCGUGCGCGGGCCGCAGGUGAUGUCCGGCUAUUUGAACAAUCCGGAGGCCAACGAGCUGACCUUCUUUCCGGGCAAAUGGCUGCGCACGGGCGAUGUGGCCUUCUACGAUGAGGAUGGCUUCUUCUAUAUAACGGAUCGCAUGAAGGAGCUGAUCAAGGUUAAGGGCUUCCAGGUGCCGCCAGCUGAGCUGGAAGCGGUGCUCCGCGACCAUCCGAAGAUCUUAGAGGCAGCCGUCUUUGGCAUACCGCACGAGCUGAACGGCGAGGCGCCGCGAGCCAUUGUUGUGCUGCGCCAGAACGAGACGGCAACGGCCGAGGAGAUAGCCGCCUAUGUGGCGGAACGUGUCGCACACUACAAGAAGCUCGAGGGCGGCAUCAUCUUUGUCGAUGAGGUGCCCAAGAAUCCGACCGGCAAAAUACUGCGCAAGGAUAUCAAACAAAAGUAUUCGGACUGAGCCAGCCAAUCUCGCAAUCUGCAGUUAAUACAUAGCUGUUAAGCACCUAUUUUAUAUGUUUUACUAUUAUUAUUUUAUUUUUCUUUAAUCAUUUUUGUUUUUUUUUUUUUGAGAGAAUUUCAAUUACCAUUUGGUAUCUCUGUGGAUCCGAUAAUAUGUGACCCUUCAAUGUUGGCAAUCGCCAGUGAAGAGGCGGGCAUUGCGAGCAUUGCAUUUAGACGAGUGGCCCCCAGGGGGCUGCGAAAAUAGCGAGUAAA